CCCAGGUGGCCCAGCGGGAAGGGGUAUUGGGAUAAAGGUAACCGCAGCCUCUGCAAACAUGUCGGUUCUGAUAUCACAGAGUGUGAUCAAUUAUGUGGAGGAGGAAAACAUCCCGGCCCUGAAGGCGCUUCUGGAGAAAUGCAAAGACGUGGACGAGAGAAACGAGUGCGGCCAGACCCCGCUGAUGAUAGCCGCCGAGCAGGGCAACCUGGAGAUCGUGAAGGAGCUGAUCAAGAAUGGAGCCAACUGCAACCUGGAAGACUUGGACAACUGGACAGCGCUUAUAUCGGCCUCCAAAGAAGGGCACCUGCACGUGGUGGAGGAGCUGCUGAAGUGCGGGGGGAACCUGGAGCACCGCGACAUGGGAGGAUGGACAGCUCUGAUGUGGGCCUGUUAUAAAGGCCGGACUGACGUGGUCGAGUUGCUGCUCUCGCAUGGAGCCAAUCCCAACGUCACUGGUCUGUACAGUGUCUACCCCAUCAUCUGGGCAGCUGGCAGAGGCCACGCAGACAUAGUGCAGCUGCUGCUGCAGAAUGGCGCCAAGGUCAACUGCUCCGACAAGUACGGAACCACCCCUCUGGUGUGGGCGGCGCGAAAGGGUCACCUGGACUGUGUGAGGCACCUCCUGGCCAUGGGCGCCGACGUGGACCAAGAAGGCGCUAAUUCAAUGACUGCACUUAUCGUGGCUGUAAAAGGAGGCUACACACAGUCAGUAAAAGAAAUCUUGAAGAGGAAUCCAAAUGUGAACUUGACAGACAAGGAUGGCAACACAGCGCUGAUGAUUGCGUCCAAGGAGGGGCACACGGAGAUCGUGCAGGAUCUGCUGGAUGCCGGCACCUACGUGAACAUCCCCGACAGGAGUGGGGACACCGUGCUGAUCGGCGCCGUCAGAGGCGGCCACGUGGAAAUCGUCCGCGCGCUGCUCCAGAAGUACGCGGACAUCGACAUUCGAGGGCAGGACAAUAAAACUGCUCUGUACUGGGCUGUUGAGAAAGGGAACGCGACCAUGGUGAGAGACAUCUUACAGUGCAACCCCGACACGGAAAUAUGCACAAAGGACGGCGAGACGCCGCUGAUAAAGGCGACCAAGAUGCGGAACAUCGAGGUGGUGGAGCUGCUGCUGGACAAAGGGGCGAAAGUGUCUGCCGUGGACAGGAAAGGAGACACCCCUCUGCACAUCGCCAUCCGCGGGAGGAGCCGGAAGCUGGCGGAGCUGCUCCUGAGGAACCCCAAGGACGGCCGGCUGCUGUACCGGCCCAACAAGGCGGGCGAGACGCCCUACAACAUCGACUGCAGCCACCAGAAGAGCAUCUUGACUCAGAUAUUCGGAGCCAGACACUUGUCGCCCACGGAAACGGACGGCGACAUGCUGGGCUACGACCUGUACAGCAGCGCCCUGGCGGACAUCCUCAGCGAGCCGACCAUGCAGCCGCCCAUCUGCGUGGGGCUGUACGCGCAGUGGGGCAGCGGCAAGUCCUUCCUCCUCAAGAAGCUGGAGGAUGAAAUGAAGACCUUCGCGGGGCAGCAGACCGAGCCUCUCUUCCAGUUCUCCUGGCUGGUCGUGUUCCUGACGCUGCUGCUCUGUGGGGGCCUGGGCCUGCUGGUCGCCUUCACGGUUGACCUGACCCUCGGAGUAGCCGUGUCUCUGAGCUGCCUGGCGCUCCUGUACAUAUUCUUCACCGUCAUUUACUUCGGUGGCCGGAGGGAAGGAGAGAGCUGGAACUGGGCCUGGGUGCUGAGCACCAGGCUGGCCAGGCACAUCGGGUACUUGGAGCUGCUCCUCAAGCUGAUGUUUGUGAACCCGCCCGAGCUGCCCGAGCAGACCACGAAGGCUUUGCCCGUGAGGUUCCUGUUCACGGAUUACAACCGCCUGUCCAGUGUCGGCGGGGAGACGUCCAUGGCCGAGAUGAUCGCCACCCUCUCGGACGCCUGCGAGCGCGAGUUUGGCUUCUUGGCCACCAGGCUCUUCCGAGUGUUCAAGACGGAAGACUCGCAGGGGAAGAGGAAGUGGAAGAAGACGUGCUGCCUCCCGUCCUUCGUCAUCUUCCUGUUCGUGCUGGGCUGCGUGGUUGCGGGCGUCACGCUCCUGGCCAUCUUCCGGGUGGACCCGAAGCACCUGACCGUGAACGCCGUCCUCAUCGCCAUCGCGGCCGUCGUGGGGCUGGCCGUGGUGCUCAACUGCCGCACCUGGUGGCAGGUGCUGGACUCACUCCUCAACUCCCAGCGGAAGCGCCUGCACAGCGCGGCCUCCAGGCUGCACAAGCUGAAGAGCGAAGGCUUCAUGAAGGUUCUCAAGUGCGAGGUGGAGCUGAUGGCCAGGAUGGCCAAGACCAUCGACAGCUUCACGCAGAACCAGACGCGGCUGGUGGUCAUCAUCGACGGGCUGGACGCCUGCGAGCAGGACAAAGUGCUGCAGAUGCUGGACACGGUCCGAGUGCUGUUUUCCAAAGGGCCGUUCAUCGCCAUCUUCGCGAGCGACCCGCACAUCAUCAUCAAGGCCAUCAACCAGAACCUCAACAGCGUGCUGCGCGACUCCAACAUCAACGGCCACGACUACAUGCGCAACAUCGUGCACCUGCCCGUGUUCCUCAACAGCCGCGGGCUGAGCAGCGCCAAGAAGUACCUCGUCACUUCCACCACCAACGGGGACAUCCCCUGCCCGGACGCCGCAGGAACACAGGACGACGCCGACAGAAGAGUCUCACAGAUCAGCCUUGGAGAUAUGACAAAGCUUGGCAGCAAGACAGCCCUCAAUAGACGGGACACUUACCGCAGGAGGCAGAUGCAGCGGACCAUCACGCGGCAGAUGUCCUUCGACCUGACGAAGCUGCUGGUGACGGAGGACUGGUUCAGUGACAUCAGUCCUCAGACCAUGCGGAGGCUCCUCAAUAUUGUUUCCGUGACAGGGCGGCUGCUGAGAGCCAAUCAGAUUAGUUUUAACUGGGACCGCCUUGCCAGCUGGAUCAACCUCACAGAGCAGUGGCCGUACCGCACGUCCUGGCUCAUCCUGUACCUGGAGGAGACGGAAGGGAUUCCGGAUCAGAUGACGCUGAAAACCAUCUAUGAAAGAAUCUCAAAGAACAUUCCGACGACUAAGGACGUGGAGCCGCUGCUGGAGAUAGACGGGGACAUCAGGAACUUCGAAGUGUUCUUGGCUUCGCGGACGCCCGUGCUGGUGGCUCGAGACGUGAAGACCUUCCUGCCCUGCACCGUGAACCUGGACCCCAAGCUGCGGGAGAUCAUCGCCGAUGUCCGUGCCGCCAGAGAGCAGAUUAACAUCGGAGGCCUGGCGUAUCCCCCGCUGCCCUUACACGAAGCUGCCCCCAGGCCCGCGUCCGGCUACAGCCAGGCCCCGUCCGUCUGCUCCUCGUCCACCUCCUUCAACGGCCCCUUCGCAGGGGGGGUGGUGUCCCCACAGCCGCACAGCAGCUACUACAGCGGGAUGACGGGGCCCCAGCACCCCUUCUACAACAGGCCAUUCUUUGCCCCAUACCUUUACACGCCACGGUAUUACCCUGGCGGCUCCCAACAUCUCAUCUCACGUCCAACAGUAAAAUCGAAUUUGUCCAGAGAUCAGAGCAAUGGCCUAGAGGUUAUCAAGGAGGACGCUGCGGAGGGGCUUGCCUCGCCCACCGCCCCCCCGAGGGCGCAGCCUUGGACGGGACAGUCGCAGAUGCCGUGGCCGUGUGACUGUGGGCUUAACACGCAGAGACAGGUACCGGCACUUUCAGUGACAUCUUCCUUCUCCUUAGCCCGCAGACGCGACCUGGCGCCUCCCUGCUGGGCUGUGCGCUCGCCCGCUCGGCCGCCCGCCGGGGCCUCUGGUUGGAGGAGAGACGAGCUUUGCGGCUGCUCCUGGCGGGAGGUGGUGUGGACAGAGCUGGGGGGCCGGCCCCUGGCCUGUCUGUGCUGGUGUGAGUGCACUUCCCCCCCAGUGACCCGGAGCCGUCACACCUCUUCCCUCCAUCCUCGUCCUCAGGCCAACAUCAACGGGCGCGUGCUGGCGCAGUGCAACAUGGACGAGCUGAAGAAGGAGAUGAACAUGAACUUCGGAGACUGGCAUCUCUUUAGAAGCACAGUGCUGGACAUGAGGAGCGCGGAGCACCAGGUGGCCGCCGAGGACCUCCGCCUCCUCAACGAGAGCAACGGUGGCCCCGCCCCCUCGCAAACGCGCAGAACCCCCAGUCUCUCGAGCCUCAACUCCCAGGACUCCAGCAUUGAGAUCUCCAAGCUGACGGACAAGGUGCAGGCCGAGUACCGAGACGCCUAUAGGGAGUACAUUGCGCAGAUGUCGCAGUUAGAAGGGGGGCCGGGCUCCACGGCCGUCAGUGGCAGGUCCUCCCCCCACAGCACAUGCUACCUGGGGCCCAGCUCCUCGGGGGGCUCCAUCCACUCCGCCCUGGAGCCGGAGAAGAACAAGGACGGCGACCCGAAGCCGGAGGACGGGAGGAAGCCGUUCCUGCUGAAGAGGGCCGACGUGCUCGAUUACUCCUCGUCCGGGGUCUCCACCAACGACGCCUCCCCCCUGGACCCCAUCACCGAAGAGGACGAGAAGUCCGACCAGUCCGCCAGCAAGCUCCGGUCCCCGGAGCGCAGCGCCGAGCCCAUCCGCACCUUCAUCAAGGCCAAGGAGUACCUGUCGGACGCCCUGCUUGACAAGAAGGACUCGUCCGACUCGGGCGUGCGCUCCAGCGAGAGCUCCCCCAACCACUCGCUGCACAACGAGGCGGGCGACGCCCGGCUGGAGAAGGCCAACCUCAUCGAGCUGGAG